AUGAAAUUUUCAGCUUUUAUAUAUCUGGCAUCAUUUUGUUGUAUAUCUGCAAAAAGCUAUGGAACUGAAGUUCAGCUUAUCCGAAGUGAUGGAGAUGUUAUUACUGGUCUAGAGAAAAAUGGAGUUGAGUCUUACAGGGGAAUUCCAUUCGCUAAUGCACCUUUAGGAAAUCUUAGAUUUCGCCCGUCAAUUCCUUACAAUGGGUCUCUUGAUGGAUUUCGCGCAACAGAUUAUGGACCAUCUUGUUAUAACCAAAACUUUGUUAAAAACCAACAGUCACUGAAAUAUAUUUUACCUUUAAUUCGAAAUAUCACACCUUCCCUUUUGGAUUUUGCAAAAUCAACAGAUCAGUCUGAAGAUUGUUUGAAUUUAAAUGUAUAUCGACCUGCUGGAGUACCUUCCAAUGCAAAACUUCCCGUGAUGGUGUGGGUUUAUGGAGGCGCUUUUCAAACUGGAAGUAGUGCUAUGUACCCAGGGGAAAAAUGGAUUCAACAUAGCGUUAAACUUGGAGAGCCCGUGAUUUUUGUUACCAUCAACUAUCGUCUUGGACCCUUUGGUUUUCUUGGAGGAAAUGCAAUUGCCGAUGAAGGGUCUGGAAAUCCAGCUAUUUGGGAUGUCGUUAAUGGGUUUAAAUGGGUACAAGACAAUAUUGCCGAUUUUGGAGGUAAUCCAGAUCGCAUUACUGCUUUAGGCGAAAGUAGUGGUGCGAUGAUGAUCACGCAUACAAUGUUAUCCUCAAUUUGGAAAAGAAAACCUCUCUUCAAUGCUGCGGUUUUGCAAAGUGGAAGUCUUUUGCCAUUUGGACCUGUUGAUGCCCCUAAAGCUACAGAAUUAUUUUGGUUUUUUGCAAAUGGUGCAGGUUGCGGCACUACAUCUUCUGGUCAAAAAGCUACAGAAGAAGAAGCACUUAAAUGUUUGAGAUUUUCCAAUACUAAAACACUUUGGGAUGCACAAAGUUACAAUAUGAAUCCUGGUGAAGUUUAUGAUAUUGCAAAUGAGUUUAUUGUUUGGGGCCCAAGACAAGAUGGUUAUAUUCUUGAAAAAAAUCCACUCUUGUUAGCAGAAGAAGGGCGGCUUCCAGAUAUCCCAAUUAUUAUUGGAAAUCAGGAAGAUGAAGGAACUUUAAUCUCCCUCAUUACAGCGACUCGUUCAAACGAAGAGUUUGAAAGUUUAAUGAGAAAAUGGUUCCCCAGUGGUGGUGAAUGCCUUGAGACAGCCUUAAAAAUGUAUCCAAUGGAUAAAGCCGAAGGAGCUCCAUUUAGAACGGGAAACGCAAAUGAGCUAUAUCCAGGCUUUAAAAGAUCAUCUGCAUUCCUUACUGAUCUUUUAUAUGUCAGUACUAGAAGACAAUUUCUUAGUGCAACUGAAAAAAAUAGGUCUCCAAGAUACACAUAUUUUUCUGACUCUCUUCAUAACAAAGUUCCGUUUUUGGGAACUUUCCACACUAAUUGCAUUAUUUUUGAGUUUUUUCUUGAUAAGUUUUAUCCUAGCAACGCCUACCGGGGAUAUUUUAUUUCUUUUGCAAACCACUUUGAUCCUAAUACAAACAAUGGAGGUCUUAUCCAAUUUCCUCAAUAUCACGAAUCCACUCAAGAUGCAGUAAAAAUAUCUUUUAAAAAUGGAAGCUUAAUGAAGGAUGAUUACAGAAGAGACCGAACAAACUAUAUCCUUUCACACAAGGAGUUUUUUGAAACUUAUUAA